AUGACGCACCGUCAGCGCAACUUUCUUGAAAAUAUAAGAGCAUUCAACUCUGCUCUCGCGAUGGCUUCGAUGGGGGCUCAAGUUGACACAAUUUCUGGAAGGGGGCCAUAUUGUUACCGAAUUCACGGGCAAAUCUAUCACCGACUGGGUGCGCUUCAUCCUCACCAAGGGGAGCAACGUCAAUUCGGUCAAAUAUAUAUUCUAGUCACUGAAAUGGCUGCCCAACAGCGCCUUGGGAAUAUGCGGAAUUCGGACUGCGACCCUAACCUCAUGCUGUUUUUGAGUGAAUGGUUUGCGCGUAACAAUGUCUACGCUCAAUCGUUUAAAAUGAUGAGCGAAGUGGAGCAAAUGGAAAUAGCGGCAGCCCAGCGAGAAAAUCGGCAAACCAUACCAAUUCGCAUGGUAUUCGAUGACAGCAGAGAGCGGGGUUUUGCAAGAGGAGAGUACGCUAUUCCUACUGCAAACGAAGUAGCAGUCGUAUACGUGGGUGAAGAAAACGACGUUCCUGCAAGAAGGAGUCUUGCGGUCCAUGUUCGACAGGCUGCAGGAUCAAAGUUGAUGAACAUCAGUGACAUAGAUAAACGAUGCGAUCUUCUCACGUAUCCACUGCUCUAUUAA